CGCAACAUAGCUUGCAAUGUAGCACCCGUGUUCCUCGACACAGCACGCACGGUGCAGAAGACGUGCUCUCUGAUUGCUGAGGCGGCGCGUAGUCGGGCUGACUUGGUCGUGUUUCCCGAGACGCACAUUCCUGCAUUUCCAGUCUGGGCCAGCAUCGCAGCACCGAUCGACAACCACAAGUUCUUCAGCCGCCUCGCGCAGGAGAGCCUCCUCAUAGAUGGCAAGGAGAUGAGGACCCUCCAACAAGCGUGUGCACAAAACAAGGUCUUUGCCCACAUCGGCUUCAACGAGCGAUCUCACGCCUCAGUGGGUUGUAUGUGGAAUGCUUCCGUCCUGAUCUCAGAUGAAGGCAAGAUUCUCAACCACCAUCGCAAAAUAGCGCCUACUUUCUUCGAGAAGCUAGUCUGGGCUCCGGGAGAUGGCGCCGGACUCAAAGUCGUGGACACGGAGAGAUGCGGCAAGGUUGGAAGUCUCAUUUGUGGGGAGAACACCAAUCCUCUAGCGCGGUGGACGUUGAUGGCACAAGGCGAGCAGCUGCACAUUAGCACGUGGCCGUCGGUGUGGCCGACUAGACGGGUGGCCAAUGAAGUCAAGUCAGAUGGUGGGAAGCAAUACGACAAUAUCGCGGCGAAUCGGACGAGGAGUGCGGCGCAUUGCUUUGAGGCGAAGUGUUUCGGUGUGUUGUGCUCGGGAUUUAUGGACAAGGAUAUGCGAGAUACGAUCAUAGCGCACAGCCCAUCAGCAGCCGAGACGAUCGACUCGCUAACGCAAGGCGCUUCUCUCUUCCUUGAUCCGACUGGAGCUCAAGUCGGAGAUCAGGUCCAAGGAGAAGAAGGCAUCGCGUACGCAGACCUGGAUCUCAAUGCUUGCAUCGAACCGAAACAGUUCCACGAUGUCGUUGGCGGCUACCAAAGAUUUGAUAUCUUCGACCUCAGGGUAACACGUGAGAGGCAAGGGCCCGCCAACGCUUUUAGGCUCGACAGGAAGCCCGAUCCGGAUAGAAGUACGGAUGCUCAUCAAGAUGGAGAUGUGGGUUUCUUGCCACCCCCAACUGGAUUCCGGCAGAUGGACUAA